AUAGCCCUACUAGGAUUCAUUCAGUGAACGUCCCAGAACGAACGGAGUCGAAUGUGCAACAGGACCUGUCUUUAUCAUUGCAGUCCUUAUUAUAAUGACAUGUAACGGAAAGUUAAAGGAAAUAGCUUUGGAUCGAUGAAUACUUUGCCUCGCUGAAAAGCGUUCCUUCCGUUUUUUUUCUGUAGGAUUGUAAAAGCAUAUUUAUUUCAAUGAAAACUCCAUGCAGUAUUUACACGUUUUCUCUUUAGAGCAAGCGACGCAUCAAAACUUUACCAGAUACAAUGUAUCACUUCGGAUCUUUAGUGACGUGCGCGCUUCUUUUUAUUUCAUUAUCGAAUUGUGUACAAGUGGACAGUAAGAAAGGACAAGGCUUUCUUGAGGACAUAUUGCGGUUUUACGGUGAAAAUGGAUCUAUUUCAACAGCACACCUUGAACACUUUCUGCUGCUAAUAUCAACCAGAAGACCAGCUUUUAUUGUGGAUGAGGAAAACCCACUUAUCAAUUCUGAGUGUCCCUCUGUGGGCCAGAUCUUGUCCCACUAUGGGUUGACAAACGCCAGUCAGCUGACAGUGGAGCAUCUGGAGAGGAUCUGUCCUGCUGUGUUGACUCAGGUGCUGCUGCCCUCCUGCCCAUAUAAAAACCCCACGGCCCUCCAUCCUGUUACCUACCACGUGUGGGGUUAUGGCUUCCUGUCUGUCACCAUUAUUAACCUGGCCUCUCUCCUGGGCCUGGCACUCAUCCCCUUCACCAAGAAGACGUACUUUCCCAAGGUGCUCACCUACUUCAUCGGCCUGGCCAUCGGCACGCUCUUCUCCAACGCUGUCCUGCAGUUAAUACCAGAGGCCCUGGGAUUUGAUCCCAGAGCGGAUGACUACAUUCUCAAAGCCGUUGGAAUAUUUGGUGGAUUUUACCUGCUGUUCUUCACAGAGAAAGUACUGAAGAUGGCACUAAGAACAGAGCAUGAGCAUGGCCACAGUCACUUCUCUCCUCCAGGUCAACUGAGGCAGAACUCUCUCCAGAAUGGAGAUGUGUCUGAGAAGAAAGAGUCUAUCACCAUGACGACGUGUACCAUCAGCAGCAUCGGUACAGACAACACCAGCCCAGACGCUCCAGUGUCAUCCACGGAACCACCACCUCAGGUACCACCACCUCAGGUACCACCACCUCAGGUACCACCACCUCAGGUACCACCACCUCAGGUACCACCACCUCAGGAAGUCCAUGUCAAUAAUGUGAUGUGCCACUGGCUGCGGGGUCAGCGCGUCGCUAACAUAAAGACGGUGGCCUGGAUGGUCACACUGAGUGACGCUCUGCACAACUUCAUCGACGGCCUGGCGAUCGGAGCCUCUUUUACCGUGUCUGUCGUCGCUGGUUUCAGUACCUCCAUCGCCAUCGUCUGUGAGGAGUUCCCCCACGAGCUCGGGGACUUUGUGAUUCUUCUGAAUGCUGGGAUGAGUAUCCCCCAGGCCGUCUUCUUCAACCUGCUGUCAGCCAUGUCCUGCUACAUCGGCCUGGCCUUCGGCAUCCUGCUGGGGAGCAACUUCGCCCCCAACGCCAUCUUCGCCAUCGCUGGGGGAAUGUUCCUCUACAUAGCACUGGCAGACAUGUUCCCGGAGAUGAACGCCAUCAUGAAUGAACAGGACGGGUCGACGGUGACCAAUGUUAUCUUCUUCCUGAUCCAGAACGCCGGGCUGCUCACCGGGUUCGCUAUCAUCCUGCUCAUCACCAUGUUCGUUGGUGAGAUCAACCUGGGUUAGAGCCGAUGCUGUCGCUAUAGAAACGCUAGAUGAUUGACAGGGGGGUUGUUUUGAAGCCACUGCGCCACCAUCUUUAAAAAAAAAAAAAAAUGAAAUACCGUAGACUUCAUUUCAUUCCUAUGGAGGACUGCUCCUUCUGAGGAGUACCAAUAUGGUGGACGGUGGCUUCAGAGCCUGUCAUUGACCAAUAUAUAGCAUCGGGCAAUCUAGUGUUUCUACACAUCAUUGGGUAGAGCUGGGUGAGAGGGAAGAGAAGAACAAGGGAGGGAGAGAAAAACGAGAAUGAGAGGAACAAUGAGAGAAAUAUAUCAUUUCAAAGAACAAAACGUGAAUGAACAGAGCAGCUUUCAUUCCACUCACAUCGGCCCACGUCUUGUCUUACACUAAUUGUUUACUGGGAAACGGAAACCUUGUCCUUUUGUUUUGUUUUUUCUUCUGACUAUCGUUAUAUUUAAAUAGAGGGAACAAUCACGUAACUAGUGUAAAUGAAAUGAAGAAACAAUGUAUUUAAAACAAACGUUUUCAAUAAAUUAUUUUUUCAGUCUUUACAA